AUGACCGGGGAUACAUUUACCGAUGAGAAGACACCUCAAUCGCCAGUAUCUCCAACGGGUACCGACACAACCCUAAGAGGUGACGCCUACAUCGAAGUAGCGGACGAGAAUAGCGACUGCCACCCUACUGUGUUGGCCCCAAUGCCAACGACCUCAAAUGAUGUCGACGUUGACAUUGAAAGUGCACAGCCUUCAUUCCAAGCUAGCGACACAAAUUUUGCAUUAUAUCGUAGUUUCAGCUACCUGCACUCACGUGUGCUGCUUGAUUUGCAGGAUGAGAUCACCUGUUUAGAAAGAGAACUCGAUGAGAUCGACUGCGAAGAUGCGUUUGAGAAUCCGACUCGUCUGAAAUCAAGAGACUACGACAUCCAGCAGCCUAUCGGUGAAGGAGCUGAUCGCAGCCGUCGAGUCAUACUUCGCGAGAUCAAGGCUAAACUGAUCGAAUACGAUGAGGUGCUCAUAAAGGCAAGAGAACUCCAGUCUUUCCAAAAGCCAUCAGAUCGCAACUAUCGCAGUGUGCGACGCUAUUGCUUCAAGAAGAAGCCGCUAAUGGAUGACGUACUGGACUCCAUCCGAACAAAGGAAGACAUAGUCACCAUUCACAACGGUCGUGAGUGGGCGAGCUUCGAUGGUGGCGUAGAGACGAUGAUAGGGCAAACAGACCGCUUUCUUAAGAAGGUCUUCAACACAGAGAAACCCCCACUACAGAAAUACUUCCGAACCCCAGAAGCGCAAAAGAAGACCAGUGAUUCCGACAUCUCCUACUACAGCAGCUCUCGCGUCGACAAACUGGUCAACAUCCUCAUCACCUUCAUCAUAUUCUGUCUCCUCGUGGUACCAGUCAUCACCAUGUACCAGUUGACGAACACUGCUGCCCAUAUUGAGACCGACCCAUCAGGCAAGACUUCCGCCCAGAGUCAAGUGGACAUUAACAAGCGAGAUACAUUCAACGCAGUUGGUGUGCUCAUAGCGACGACUAUCGCCCAGUGA